AUGGUGUGGGCAGGCUUUUAUUUUGCUUACCGCGGCGUGGUGGAUGGCUCAAAAUACUGCUACAACGGGACUCGAAAAGCUUUCCGCAGGAACUCCGAAGAUCUGGCCGGCAGCGAAGAUGAGAAGACGAGCCAAUUUAGCCGCUCAGGUGCAACAUCCCAGUGGGGCGCUUCGCCUUACCUACAUCCACAUCCUUCUGCGGGCGCACAUCGGGUUUCCCUGGCACAUACGAACGAAGACGAUCUCGAAUCGACCGACCACAGUCACAGUGCGCGAGACCAUGUCGGUGUGAUCCAGCAACCACCUAAAGCUAUUCCUUCGAUGAAGAUCGUCCACGCGGAGUACGGCACGCGCUACGAUCGUCCACAGGACCACGUACAAAGCCAUGGAAUACAUCACGAAGACCGCCCAUCGGUAGUUAAAUUCGACAGAAGGGUUUCGACGAUUGAUAUUCACGGAGAGCGCGAAGAGUUCGAAGAUGAUGUUUCAAGUGUGGAGUCUGAACUCAUCCAUCGGAGAGAGGAGAUCCUGACAGAGGUUCUCCCGCAUCGGUUCAUCCCUCCCAUUCCCAAUCAUCAAGUUCCAGACCGACCAUUUGAGGUUGCGGUUACCCUGAUGAUUGCUUCUAUUUUUUAG